AGCAAAGCAAAAGCGCACGGCAAAAAAGGCGGCUAAUCAGUGCCCACGAGCACACCUCCUACGUUGCGAUUGUUGCAAAAUAGUCACACCACAAGACUGCGCCCCCUUCGCAACCGAACAGCGCGUCGCGACCCCUUUCACUACACCGCACACACUGCGGCUGCACAGCCUCAACAGCUUGGCACCAGCACCAUGGUAGCAACCCGCCGCUCCCUGUCGCCGGCGCCGAAGCGCGCCGCCAGCCCGGCGCGCAAGCCCGCGGCACGCGCCAAGUCGCCGGCGCGCAAGAAGAAGGCCAAGGCGGGACCAUUCAUCUUGCUCGACCCGAAGCGCAUGCCAUUCUGGCUCUACGCGCCAAACCUGCUGGGCUAUAUUCGCGUCGCGACGUUAGUUUAUGCUAUGUACGAGAGCGACCCGGGGUCCAGUAUGGCCGCGACGUGCCUCGCCCUGUCCUUAGCCAUCGACUACGUCGACGGGCCCUGCGCGCGGCGCUUCGACAUGUGCACGAAGUUCGGCGACUUGUUGGACCACGUCUGCGACCACGUGACGAUGCUCUGGCUCGUGCACUGCACGACGGCCUCCGACAUCGAUAGGGCCGUGAACGCUUUACAUUGUGGCGUCGCGCUGGCCUACAUGGCCUACACGGGCCACUACUUCAAGCACGCCUCCACCUCGAACGUCGUCACAGCAAUCGUCGAGGCGAACAACUACUUCAACAUGCCCUCGAUCCUCUGGAACGCGAACACGUGCGUCGUGCCGCUCGUCAAGAUGUCGUACCACGCGUCCUACGGUAUUGGGUUGAAGGACUCGACGCCGCUGCUCGACGUCGUCAAUUACAUGGGCCUCCUCGUGACGGCCGCGUACACGGUCGCGUGCGUGCACGGCGCGGCGCAGCAAUAGGCCCGGGGGCGUAAGGCUCGACUCCUCG